UAUGUUAGUGUUUGAGAAACAUUGCAAUAUCGAUAUUAUCCGUAACUCCUCUCAGUUUACAUAUAAAAAACACCGAAACCUCUCCUCUUAUCUCAUCACCAGGCUCUCUUCUUCUCCACUUCUCCCCUCCGCAAUUCUUGGCAUCAACAUCAAAACAACAAUCCCAACAUCUUCACGAGUCAGAUUUCAUCCAACUCUUGCGGCCACAACAACAACAACAGCAGCAGCAGCUUAUUCAUACGCUUUUAACGAAUCUACAAGGUCAAUCACCACCACGACCACAUAUCUGAGUCCUCAUCCCAUGGCAUCAUGCGCCUCACUUUACCAGAUUCUCGGAAUACCCAUUGGAGCAUCUAAUCACGAGAUUAAGACAGCAUAUCGACGAUUAGCCAGGACUUGCCAUCCCGACGUUGCAGCAAUUGAUUGUAAGGAUUCGUCGGCGGACGCCUUCAUCAAGAUUCAUGCUGCUUAUUGCACUCUCUCGGAUCCUAAAAAACGUGCUGUCUAUGAUCAGAAACUUUUCCGAAGAAACAGACCGUUGACCACUGUUUCAGGACUUUCAGGAUAUUCUGGCCGGAACUGGGAGACUGACCAGUGUUGGUAGAGAGUUGACUGGCCCAAUUAAGGUGCUACUAACCUGGGUCGAAUUUGGUUAAGGUAUGAAAUAUCUAGCGUAGAGUUAGAAGACGCAAGUUCGACUCCAUACUUGGUGCAUAUAGUAGCUCCUUGUGAUAUGCUUGAAUUGAAGUGGAAGAUUAUGACUAUGGGUUGCUGGGUUAGUGUCUCCAGGAUUUACCAACAUAUACUAGCUCCUUUUGAUGUGCUUUUAUUGAAGUGAGAUGUUAUGAUGGUGGGUUGCAGGGUUAGUGUCUCCAAGAUUUACCGGCAUACAGUAGCUUCUUCUGAUAUGCUUGUAUUGAGGUGGGAGACUAUGACUGUGGGUUGUUGGGUUAGUGUCUGUAGGAUUUCUCUGCAUAUACUAGUUCCUUGUCUUAUGUUUGUAUUAAAGUAGGAGGCUAUGACUGUGGGUUGUUAGGUUAGUCUCUCCAGGAUUUACUGACAUAUACUAGUUUCUUCUGAUAUGCUUGGGUUAUUGUCUUCUGGAUUUACUGGCUUCAUGGCCAGGCCAUAAGAGGAUUCCUAGUAAAAAAAAAAUUAUUGCAGAUUUA